AUGUCGCGAGUGACAGCAGGAUUUGAAAACCAGGAUGCUAGGACAUCCCUGCAGUGUCUGUCAUUGGACUCUGAGUGGAUGGGCAAUUGUGGACAGGCCCUAGAGUGGGACUUCUUGUCAGCAGGAGAGCAGAUCCUGCUACCAGAGCUGAGACUGCCUCUAGCUCACCAGCGCAGGAGUGCAGCCCCAGGCAUAGCACCCUGCCCACCUUUUAUUUUCACUAUCUGCAUGGUGGUGGCCUUCAGGUGUGCCCUGGAGGUAGCGAAGUUGGUGCUCCUGGCAGCUGCACAUGAGGAAGUGUUGAUCCAUGGAAAUGAGCAUCACUGCUGGGACCUGCUGUCCAGUUCUGCAUCUUUCUACUUAGGGGUCAUGGACCUGGCAAGGUGCAGCCACUUCCCCAGUGCCCAUGGCAUCACCUCGACCCUGACCCCAGGCUCCCGGGGGCAGCACACAAACAAAGCAGCUUCCCACCCUCCCUCCCCAUGCCCAGUCCUCUGCUGUCCUGACUUCUCAGGCCUCAUGUCUUCCCUGUGGGUGCACACUGGCCCCGACCCCUUCCCCACCCCUGCCAACUGCUGGCUUCCCAUGUCCUAUCCCAGGGCAAUUGUGAGAGUAGGUGAACCUUCCCUUCUCCACCGAUUCCUGAGCCAUGUUGACAAGUUGCUCUACAGUGUGGACGAGGGUAGGAAGAUCCUGGGCAUGGCCUUCUAUGUGCAGUCAAAGGCUCUCAAGAGGCUGGUUCCAUUCCUACGAGGCUUCCUGAAUGGUGAGGUGCAGGUGACAGUGCAGGCUGUGAGGAGCCUGCAGAACAUCAUCCACCAUGGAAAGAACAAGGACAUCCAGGGAAUGUUCUGCAGCAUCUGCCAGCAACUGCGUCCCCUCAUCAAUGAUGAGAGGGAGCCAGUGAGGAUUGCAGCCAUCUCUGCUCUGGGCUACAUGCUGAGACGGGACAAGAAAUAUAAGGCCGGAGCCACCAUGAAAAGGGAACUGUGUAAAUUUCUGCUUCCCUUGCUGCUGAACGUGCAGCAGGAAAACAGCGAAGUGGUCAAGGUCUGUGGAGAGGCCCUCACUGAGUGGGCAAAGGUGAUUGGCUGGGUGCCCCUGACCGACACCUUCCAACACAUCACCCUCAGCAACCACCUGCAGGUGAUACAGGAUACAUGCGCGUACCUGGUACGCAUAGGCAAACAGCCGCUCAUGGGGGACUUACUGUCCCAGAGCUUGGAGAUCUUGGGAAACCCACAGACCUCCCUCAAGGCAGCUGCCCUCACUGUCAUAGGCUGCACCGUUAAGCACAUAAACAUGAACAACGUGCAUGAGGAGGACGUGCGGGUGAUGAGGAGCGCUUUGGAAAGACUAGAAAGGGAUGAAGACCACCAGGUCAGGUCAUUGGCCCAAGAAGUUCUGGCAGAAGUCAGCGAUCCAGCUGCCCAGUUGCCCACUUCCAGGAGGACCAUCAUGGGCAUAAAAGUCCCGGGGAGGAAAAUGCACCUCGUCAAAGACAAGCGUGGGUCAGGAGGGCUGGGGCAGCCUCGGCCGCCAGGGGGGCGCUCUCGGCCCGAUGGGCGUCGGACGUCCGUCGGGGGGCGCUGCGGGCGCCAGGCCUGGGCCCUGCCCCUGGAGCUGCGGACCGCGACACGACUGGACCGGACAGAUAAGAUCGUGAGUGCGGGGUCGCCCGGCGGCCCACGUCCCCGCAGCCCGGCGCCGCUGCGGCGCCCCCUCCUCCUGCUCCUCUGCGCUCUGGCGCUUGGCGCCUCGGGACCCGCACCAGGGCACCCAACCCAGGGCCGGGCGGCUUUGGAUAUCGUGCACCCAGUGCGCGUGGACGCUGGGGGCUCCUUCCUGUCCUACGAGCUGUGGCCCCGCGCGCUGCGAAAGCGGGACGUGUCCGAGCACCACGACGUUCCCGCCUUCUAUGAGCUGCAGUACCGCGGGCGCGAGCUGCACUUCAACCUAACCGCCAACCCUCACCUGCUGGCGCCUGGCUUUGUGAGUGAGACUCGGCGGCAAGGUGGCCUGGGCCGAGGGCACAUCCGGGCCCUCACCCCCGCCUGUCACCUGCUUGGCGAGGUGCAGGAUCCCGAGCUUGAGGGCGGCCUGGUGGCCAUCAGCGCCUGUGAUGGCCUGAAAGGUGUAUUCCAGCUCUCCAGCGAGGACUACUUCAUUGAGCCCCUGGAAGGUGCUCCAGCCCAGCCUGGCCACGCCCAGCCCCACGUGGUGUAUAAGCGCCAAGCACCAGAGAGGCCGGCACAGAGCGGGAAUUUCAGCACUCCAGGCACCUGUGGGGUGCAAACAUCCUUGGACCUGGAGUCUCGACGGGAGCGUUGGGAGCAGCGGCAGCAAUGGCAGCAGCAGCGGUCAAGGCGUCUACACCAGCGCUCGGUCAGCAAGGAGAAGUGGGUAGAGACCCUGGUGGUUGCCGAUGCCAAAAUGGUAGAGUACCACGGGCAGCCACAAAUCGAGAGCUAUGUGCUGACCAUCAUGAACAUGGUGGCCGGCCUGUUUCAUGACCCAAGCAUUGGGAACCCCAUCCACAUCACCAUUGUGCGCCUGCUCCUGCUGGAGGAUGAGGAGGAGGACCUAAAGAUCACACACUAUGCUGACAACACCCUGCGGAGCUUCUGCAAGUGGCAGAGAAGCAUCAACAAAGGAGACGCCCACCCCCUGCACCACGACACUGCCAUCCUGCUCACCAGGAAGGACCUGUGUGCAGCCAUGAACCAGCCUUGCGAGACCCUGGGCCUGUCCCACGUGGCGGGCAUGUGCCAGCCACACCGCAGCUGCAACAUCAACGAGGACACAUGCCUGCUGCUGGCCUUCACUGUGGCCCACGAGCUUGGGCACAGUUUUGGCAUUCAGCAUGACGGAAGCGGCAAUGACUGUGAGCCUGUUGGGAAACGGCCUUUCAUCAUGUCUCCACAGCUCCUGUACGACGCUGCUUCCCUCACCUGGUCCCGCUGCAGCCGAGAGUACGUCACCAGGUUCCUCGACCGUGGGUGGGGCCUGUGCCUGGACGACCCUCCUGCCAAGGACGUCAUUGACUUUCCUGCAGUACCACCUGGUGUCCUCUAUGAUGUGAGCCACCAGUGCCGCCUUCAGUACAGGGCCUACUCUGCCUUCUGUGAUGACAUGGACAGUGUCUGCCACACACUCUGGUGCUCAGUGGGGACCACCUGUCACUCCAAGCUGGAUGCAGCCGUGGACGGCACCAGGUGCGGGGAGAGCAAGUGGUGUCUCAAUGGGGAAUGUGUACCUGUGGGCUCCCGGCCCGAGGCUGUGGACGGUGGCUGGUCUGGCUGGAGUGCCUGGUCCGUCUGCUCGUGGAGCUGUGGCGUGGGUGUGCAGAGCGCUGAGUGGCAGUGCACAGAGCCUGCGCCCAAGUACAAGGGCAAAUACUGUGUGGGUGAGCGGAAAAGCUUCCGCCUCUGCAACCUGCAAGCCUGACCCCCUGGCCGCCCAUCCUUCCGCCACAUCCAGUGCAGCCAGUUUGACGCCAUGCUCUACAAGGGCCAGCUGCACACAUGGGUGCCUGUGGUCAGUGACGUGAACCCCUGCGAGCUACACUGCCGGCCCUUGAACGAGUACUUUGCUGAGAAGCUGAGGGAUGCCGUGGUUGAUGGCACACCCUGCUACCAGGGCCAGGCCAGUCGGGACCUCUGCAUCAAUGGCAUCUGCAAGAAUGUGGGCUGUGACUUUGAGAUUGACUCGGGUGCCAUGGAGGACCCCUGUGGUUUGUGACAUGGCAACGGCUCUACCUGUCACACCGUGAGCAGGACCUUUGAGGAGGCUAAGGUCCUAGGGUAUGUGGACAUAGGGCUGAUCCCAGCUGGCGCGCGUCAGGAGGUAGCUGAGGCUGCCAAUUUCCUAGUGCUGUGGAGUGAAGACCCAGAUAAGUACUUCCUCAAUGGUGGCUGGACUAUCCAGUGGAAUGGGGACUACCAGGUGGCAGGGACCACCUUCACUUACGCACACAUGGGCAACUGGGAGAACCUCACGUCCCCGGGACCCACCAACGAACCUGUCUGGAUCCAGCUGUUGUUCCAGGAGAGCAACCCCGGGGUGCGCUAUGAGUACACCAUCCACAGGGAAGUCCAUGGCCAUGGCGAGGCCACACCGUCAGAGUUCUCCUGGUACUACGGGCCCUGGACCAAGUGCACGGUCACUUGUGGAAGAGGUACACAGAGGCAGAGUGUGUAUUGCACAGAGCGGCAGGCGGGGCCCAUGGAUGAGGAGUACUGUGACCCUCUGGGCUGGACAGAUGACCACCAGCGGAAGUGCAGUGAGGAGCCCUGCCCUGCUAGGUGGUGGGCAGGUGAGUGGCAGCUAUGCUUCAGCUCCUGUGGGCCUAGGGGCCUCUCCUGCCAGACUGUGCUCUGCAUCCGCAGCGUGGGGCUGGAUGAACAGAGCGCCCUGGAGCCACUGGCCUGUGAACAUCUUUCCCGGCCCCUCGCCGAAACCCCUUGCAACCGCCAUGUGCCCCGUCCAGCCACCUGGGCCAUAGGGAACUGGUCUCAGUGCUCAGUGACAUGUGGGGUGGGCACUCAGCACCGAAGUGUCCUCUGCACCAAUGACACCGGCGUCCCCUGUGAUAAGGCUCAGCAGCCAGCAAGUGAAGCCACCUGCCCUCUGCCACCCUGCCCUUAGCCUCUGGACAUGCUGGGCUCUGAAGGCUCAGGCAGCGUCUCUUCCAGCCAUGAGCUCUUCAAUGAGGUCGACUUCAUCCCACGCCACCUGGCCCCACGCCCUGUGCCUCCCUCAUCCCCUGAGCCAGCCAGCAUGGGCAAUGCCAUCGAGGAGGACGACCUGGACCUGCCAGGGCCUGUGUUUGUCGAUGACUUCUACUAUGACUACAAUUUCAUUAACUUCCAUGAGGAUCUGUCCUAUGAUCCCUUCGAGGAGCCCCAUAUAGUCCCAGUGGUAACAGGGCAUAGGACAGCAGGGCCCCUUGUGGGCACCCCCAUGCCUACUACAGAGCCUCCUGUGGCUGGGGAGGAAGGAGUGCUGGGAUCUCAGUCCCCUAGCCCUUGGCCCAGGCAAGCCAGCCCCACCCUGCCCCCACCCUUGGAGCAGACCCCUGAGAUCCCCUUGGCCAAUUUCUUGCCUGAGGGAGGCACCCCUAUGGGGGCCCCGGGCCUUGGGCUCCCCAGCUUGCCCUGACCUCCUGCUUCAGUCCUUGGCAUACCUAAACCUGCUGCCCCUGGGGGCCAAGAUGAGCUCCUAGUAGAGGAGGACAGCCAGAGCCAGCUGCCCCCUCCAUGGCAGGACAGGACCAAUGAGGUUUCCAAGGAUGAUGAGGAACCUGUGGGCCAUAGAGUACCCCUCCUGCCCCUGAGACCCAGCCCCAUGCUGGCCCGUUUGCCUACCAUUGGACCCACGCCCUCCUCUCCUAGACCUGAUGUGCCAGAGCUGUGGACAGGGGGCGCUGUGGCCUGGAAGCCAGCUCUGGAGGGUGUUCUGGGGCCUGUGGACAGUGAGCUGUGGCCCACUGUGGCUCUUCCCCUCCUUCCUUCCACAGCUGGUCUACCAGAGAUUAAGAGUGGGGACAGCCCCCUGGGGCUGGGGACUCCCACUUCUUCACCCUCAGGACUGAGCUUAUGGGACUUCCUUGGGACAACCCUGACUGGCACAGGGCACAUGCCCUGGGUGACUGCCCUGAGCCCAGGACCUUUGGGCUAGGCUGAGUCCUCCAGCCCUGAGGCAACUCUGAGCUCUGGGCUACUGUCCACACUAGAUCAGAACAGUAUCACCGACAGCAGCAGAGCUCCUGAGGCCCAGCCCCUGAACCCCAGCCUGGCUGAGGAGGGGUCUCCCAUGGACCUGCUAGCUGCGAGGAAUGCCAGCUGGCAAGUAGGAAACUGGAGCCAGUGCUCUACCACCUGCGGCCUGGGCGCUGCCUGGAGGCCUGUGCGCUGUAGCUCAGGCCGGGAGGAGGACUGCAUUCCCGCUGGCCGGCCCCAGCCUGCCCGCCGUUGCCACCUGCGGCCCUGUGCCGCCUGGCACCCAGGCAACUGGAGUAAGUGCUCCCGCAGCUGUGGUGGAGGAUCCUCAGUGCGGGAUGUACAGUGUGUGGACACAUGGGACCUCCAGCCACUGCGGCCCUUCCACUGCCAGCCAGGGCCUGCCAAGCCACCUGCCCACUGGCGCUGCGGGGCCCAGCCCUGCCUCUGCUGGUACAUCUCUUCCUGGAGGGAGUGCUCUGAGGCCUGUGGCGGCUGUGAGCAGCAGCGUCUGGUGACCUGCCCAGAGCCAGGCCUCUGCGAGGAGGUGCUGAGGCCCCCCAGCACGCAGCCCUGCAACACCCACCCCUGCACACAGUGGGUGGUAGGGCCCUGGGGCCAGUGCUCAGCCCUCUGUGGCGGUGGCAUCCAGCGGCGCCUGGUCAAGUGUGUCAACACCCAGACAGGGCUGCCUGAGGAAGACAGUGACCAGUGUGGCCAUGAGGUCUGGCCUGAGAGCUCCCGGCCAUGUGGCACCGAGGACUGUGAGCAAUGUGAGCUGGUUGAGCCUCCACGUUGUGAGCGUGACUGUCUGUCCUUCGGGUUCUGUCAGACCCUGCGCCUCCUGGGCCGCUGCCCUAUCCGCACCCAGUGCUGUCGCACAUGCCCCCUGCCCGGACACAGUGCCCCCUCCUGGGGCCAGCAGCGGGUCGCCCGCCGCUGACCUAAACCCCAGCCUGAACCAGCACCAGGACACACAGACCAACUGUUUGACGCACAGACCUCAGUGCCCACCAUGGGCCCCUGUGCCCUAAUGGUGCUAAUCUCCUCCUGUCCCCCUCAGAAAAGGUAUUUUUUUAUUCUGACAGUUGUGUAACAUUUAUUAUUA